CACAGCCAUUCAUUCGGUACAGCUCGUCGUGCAUACUGACAGGUGUAGUCGUUAUCUGUCAGACAGUUUAACUCCCCCUCUUCCCCUCCCGGCAUGGCUGCAGACUCCAUGGAGAUUGAUGACUCUCUUUACAGCCGCCAGCGAUAUGUGCUGGGAGACAGUGCUAUGCACCAGAUGGCCCAGUCCUCAGUCUUUCUCAGUGGAAUGGGAGGACUGGGAAUUGAAAUAGCAAAGAACAUUGUCCUGGCUGGUGUGAAGGCAGUCACCCUUCAUGACACAAAGCAAUGUGAGACCUGGGAUCUAGGCUCCAACUUCUUUAUCCGCAAAGAAGAUGUGUUGAGUCAGAGGAAGAGGGUGGAGGCAGUGUGCCCUCGGGUUGCAGAGCUGAACCCUUAUGUUCAUGUUGAUAUAUCCUCCUCUGCUCUGGAUGACAACACUGAUCUCAGCUUUCUCAGGAAGUAUCAGUGUAUAAUAUUGACUGAAGCAAGGCUUAGUCUCCAGAAGAGAGUGAAUGAAUUUUGCCACUCACAACAACCCCCCAUCAGGUUCAUCAGCUGUGAUGCAUAUGGUAUCUGUGUGCGAGUGUUUUGUGAUUUUGGAGAGGAGUUUGAGGUGUCAGAUCCCACAGGAGAGGAGCCCAAGGAGAUUUUCAUCCAAACUAUCUCUCAGGACAAUCCUGGGGUGGUAACCUGCAUGGACAACCAGCCACAUGGUCUGCAGACAGGACAGAGCAUUGUUUUUAGAGAGAUCAAUGGCAUGGUGGAACUCAACGGCACCUCACGUCAGGUUUCAGUUCUUUCCCCUAACAGUUUUGCAAUAGGAGACACAUCUGGACUUCAACCAUAUGCACAUGGAGGUUUCUUUGUUCUGAUGAAAACUCCCAAAACAUUCAGAUUUGAGACAUUAGAGAUACAGUUGCAUGAUCCUCAAGUUCUGACUCCAGACUUUAGUAAACCAGAGGCCCCAUUACAAAUUCAUGCAGCCAUGUUGGCUCUGGACACCUUCCAGGAGCAGCAUAGUAGACUUCCUAACAUUGGGUGUUUACAGGAUGCUGAGGUUUUACUGAAGCUAACCCAGGAAGUGAAUGCUACUCUCAGGAACAAAUCUUCUGUUAAUGCUGAGUUGGUGCGGUGUUUGUCGAAAACAGCGAGAGGGAUUCUUCCUCCCUUAGCAGCAGCUGUAGGAGGUCUUGCCAGCCAGGAGGUUCUUAAGGCCAUCACAGGGAAAUUUGCACCAUUGCAGCAAUGGUUUUAUCUAGAUGCAAUAGAGGUGGCCCGGCCCCUUCAGUCUCUUCCUGCUGAGGAAUUUUUCCCACGAGGUGAUCGCUAUGAUGGACUAAGAGCUUGCAUUGGUGAAUCAAUGUGUCUAGAACUCCAAAAGCUCAGGGUCUUCAUGGUGGGCUGUGGGGCCAUAGGCUGUGAGAUGCUGAAAAACUUUGCCUUGUUGGGAGUGGGAUUGACUAAGAGCUCAGGAGAGAUAUGCAUCACAGACCCAGACCUUAUAGAAAAAUCCAACCUCAAUCGUCAAUUUCUCUUCAGACCACACCAUAUUCAGAAACCGAAAAGCACUACUGCAGCAGAAGCCACUCAUGAUAUCAACCCAGACCUGCAGGUGGAUGCUCAUCUAAACAAAGUGAGCCCUGCUACUGAGAGCAUCUACAACGACUCCUUCUACUCCCACCUGAACAUCGUGGUCACUGCGCUGGACAACGUGGAGGCUCGGAGAUAUGUAGACAGCCGCUGUUUAUCCAAUCAGAGACCUCUCCUGGACUCUGGCACCAUGGGAACUAAAGGUCACACGGAAAUAAUUGUGCCAAAUUUGACUGAGUCUUACAAUAGCCAUAGAGACCCCCCAGAGGAGGAGAUCCCGUUCUGCACUCUCAAGUCCUUCCCCUCUAUCAUAGAGCACACCAUUCAGUGGGCUAGGGACAAGUUUGAGAAUGCAUUUGUCCACAAGCCCUCCAUGUACAACUCAUUCUGGCAGACCCACCCCUCAGCUGAAGUGGUGCUACAGAGGAUGCAAGCAGGAGAAAGUCUGGAGGGAUCGUUCCAGGUUAUUAAACUGCUUAGCAGACGGCCUAGUCAGUGGGAACAGUGUAUCACUAUUGCACGUCUGAAAUUUGAAAAGUAUUUCAAGAGAAAGGCCCUACAACUUUUGCACUCUUUCCCCUUGGACACAAGGUUAAAAGAUGGAAGUUUGUUUUGGCAGUCUCCAAAAAGACCUCCAGCUCCUUGUGAAUUUGACUUGAAAGACUCUUUGCACUUCACUUUCAUUGUCAGCACUGCCCGGCUCUUUGCAGAGAUUUAUAACAUCCCUUACUCAGAAAAGGAUCUCACCGAAGAGGCGGUGGCCAGGAUUCUCUCAGGUGUCAGGAUUCCUGAGUACAGGCCGUCAGAGAAAUGUAUAGAGACGGAUGAGACGGCAAAGAAGCCAGAUCAGACGAAGAUACCCCUGAGCAGUGAAGAGGAGAGAGAGGCCAUCGCACAGCUGGAGCAGGCUAUUGCCACUGAGAACAUUACUGCAGAGACGCUACGGAUGGGCCCACUUCAGUUUGAAAAGGAUGACGACAGUAACGGUCACAUAGACUUUGUGGUGUCAGCGUCUUCUCUCAGAGCCAGGAUGUACUCCAUCGAGCCCGCUGACAGGUUCAAGACCAAACGCAUCGCAGGCAAGAUCAUCCCUGCUAUCGCCACAGCGACAGCUGCUGUGGCUGGACUGGUGGCCCUGGAGUUGAUUAAGGUGGUUGGAGGCUACGAGUUUGAAUCAUUCAAAAACUGCUUCUUUAACUUGGCCAUCCCUGUGAUGGUGCUCACGGAGCCUGCCCCGGUGAAAAAAACACUUAUCAGGGACAACAUCUACUUCUCCAUCUGGGACUGUUGGACUAUCCAUGGCCAUGAGGACUUCACACUAUCUGACUUCAUGAACGCAGUGAGGGAAAAGUAUGGAAUUGAGCCCACCAUGGUGGUUCAUGGUGUGAAGAUGCUCUAUGUGCCUGUGAUGCCUGGACACUCAAAGAGACUCAAACUAACGAUGCAGAAGCUGAUCAAGCCAUCAGUUGACCGCCGCUAUGUUGACCUCACUGUGUCCUUUGCCCCUGAGGCAGAUGGGGAUGACGACCUCCCUGGUCCUCCGGUCAGGUACUACUUCAGCCGCGAUGGAGAGAAUCCCUGACACCUUCCCAGAAGUCCUCCUCACGCCUCUCCUUAUUUCCCUCCUCUUAUGUAAAUUGUUGUACCCCAGUAACCUGGUCAGGGCCGAGAGCUUUGCCUGUGGAUGUUAUCUGGCUUUGGAAAAGCUCUCAGCCCCAGCUCAAGCCCCCCUGCACUUCAUGGAGCAAGCAAAGGCAGGUUCUGGUUCCAGUCAUUCUUGCCACAGAUCUAGCCAGUGGAACAUGGGGCUGCUGAAGUAGCACUUAACUGUACCUGUGUACAUAUAUUUUCUCUCCUCUGUUUUCUACUCUGGUCAAAUGCACAGCGCUGCCUGUGUUAAUGCCUUAAUUGAUUAGUACCUUUUUCCUGUCUGUGGCAGUGAGUCUGACUAAAAACUAUGUUUACAGCAACCUGUGUUCCCCCAAACACUUCAGCUUCAUUUUUGUUUGUCAGUAAGACCCUAAAGGGGGGGGGGGGGGGGCAUGGCAGGACCAGUGAAAAGGAUUUUAGGUGGGAAGGCAUCACAUCUUCUUCCUCAAAGUCCUCUCAGUGGCUUUAAAACAAUUGCCAACCACAGAAUUUGCCAGUCAUCUCCCCUUUAGAAACAGGUCAAGCCAAUAUUUGGUGCAUCCUUUCAAAGAGAAUAUCAGUCAAAAAGCAGCAAAACCACCAAAGAUACUGGUCAUCAUUACGUGUGCAGAUGGUUGUCUUCUUUUAUCAUAAUUUUGACUGCUUCAAAAAUCACAUGUAUAUCACAGGGGAUUGGUAUUAACCAAAUAUUAAAAGAGCAACACACACGCAUCAUCAUGAACUUCAUCUCAAGUUGGUAUUUCAGUUCAUCAACUCUUCAUCUUGUCUCUGACAAGUGCCAACCCUUCAGUUAUGCAUGCACAUGCAUGCAUUUUACCCGCAGCCACCUAAAUCGCGCUAAAUGAUGCUGCACAUGUGUUGCACUUAAUACUCUUGGUAAUACCACUUAUUCAUUGUAGCUGUAAACCUUGUUCUCCAUUAUAUUAAUUAACAGCUGAGCUCAAUGACUUCUUUGGCCAUCAUUGGACAUUUACAUCUGUAUCAUCAUCUGGAAUCAUGCUCCUACUGUUAUAAAAACUUUUUUUUUUUUAAGAAAAUGAAAAUCUUUGCUGUUCAUGAUUUGUUUCAUGCAUUUGUAGAUGCGUGUCCAUGAUGUGUAUUUAUUUACUCGUUUCACAUUUUUGUCACUUUUUUGUGUCAAACUGAGCCUGUGUUGAGCUUUGUGAGGUCAUGGCGGACUGAAUCAACAAUGAACAAAAUUUAUCCUUAAAUUCAUUAUCCAGAGGUUUAAUUCAUCCUUCUAUUAAGUUCUUCAGAAAAGGUUACAAAAAAGGUUUUGAAAUAGUUAGAAUUUGCUUAUUUUGGCAGUAAUGUCAAUGAAAUUUGAGUGGUUAAGGAUUUUACUUUGUCUUAAAUUCUUCAAAACAGGUAAGACUAAAAUCAGCCAAAUUGUCCCUCAACCACAUUUUAUUUUUCUCAGUUGGUGAAUUUCACUUAACGCAGAAGAAUGAUCUCAUUUACGAUAUUUUUUGUGCAGUAAGUUAAAAACAGAACAGUGUUAAAGAAUGACUGAUAAUGAUGAUGUAUGUUAUUCUGACAGACAACUCAACCAACGGUCCAAUAAAAUGUAAGAUUUCA